CACGAUGACCCAGACGGUGAACAUUAUCAUUUGCCAUUUGUGUACCGAGCCUUACUGACACACAUACAUAUAUAACCAUAACACUUGUGUAACACUGACGAAUGUUAUGUAAGCAACACUGUGUAUAGAACAAGUUGCAAUGGAGUCCUUGUCUUUAGAAGAGACAGAAUCUGGCGUUUAUGAAGCGACCUACGUAGACAUUCCGUCUUCUGUUCAGUUGCCAAGUCUUCAGCCCGGAACAACAAUCUUUAUUCAUGGCAAAACUGACAAGCAUGCUAAAGACUUCAGUGCCAGCUUCUGUGUCGGUCUUGACACUGACUAUGACGUGGCCUUCCACUACAACCCUCGCUUGAAAGAUAAAAUUGUGUACUGCAAUGAUAAACAGCGCGACGACUGGGGCUAUGAGGAGACAGAAGACUAUGUACCAUUCAAGAAAGAUACAGUUUUUGAGUUACGGUUUGAUGUUACACAAGAUGGUUACGAGGUGUCAGUGGACAACACGAUCGUGCAGUUCUUUAAGCACAGAAUACCAUUCCAGAUGGUCAGUCAUCUGUACUUAACAGGUGAUAUUAGAGUCAACAGAGUUCAAUUAUUUGACCCAGAAUCGGAUGAAAACUAGCACAUAUAAACGGUAAACUUUGGAUGAGUGUAAAAAAUCAGCCAAGUUUCUUUGCCUGGAAUCUGCCAUUAUCACCUUCUGUUAGAACUAUUUUGCCAAUUACUAAUAGCUUAUAUAUAAAUGAGUGAACACUCGAGAUCUAUAUUUAGAAGUGAUGUAUAAGUGUUUAUGACAUCAUGAUGUAUAAAACAUCUCUCGCCUCCCAGUGGAACAGUAUAUAACGAGGCGAAUUGAGAAUUAACGAUUUGAUUGGCCACUCAAUAAUGUUCCAGAUACAGGAUAGCUGUCUGGUCGUGGGGUUUGCGCGCUGGACUGUCGUUCGAACUUAUCGACGAUCCCGGAUUCCAAACCUGCCCGCUCCCAUCCCCCGUCGUCCUGCGGGAUGCUUGGAGUUGGAGGUAAAUUCUUUUCACCUCUGAAGGAACAUCGGAAACAUGUAAAACAUUUGACAACACAAACAAAACAUACAUCUACAAUGCUACACUUUGGGAAGGAGGCAGAGGAAGAGAGAGAGAGAGAGAGACAAAAUCACAGAGACUGCUACAGAGACCAACACAAAUAGAGAAGAGUGUAAGAGUAAAUAAAUAAUAGAAAGAACUGUGUGUGUGGAGGGAGGCCUGCGUUAGUCAAGUCAAUCUCAUUGAAAUAUGUCCAUUAAACAAAGGGAGGCAACGUAAUCAACACCUGGAUGUUAAACUCCCAUUUUGUAAUGUCCUUUUCGACUGUUUUUGAAUAUGUUACGUCGAACUCCUGGGCGACCCUUCGUACUCAUAAAUUACAUUAAAAACAAAACCUCUAUCACACUGUAUGCUACUGUCACAAGUCAACGUGAUUUACAGAUACACUCAGGGGCGUACUGGCUAUAUGGGUGGGUAGUGCAUUGGUAGGAUAACCAGUGGGUCGGAACCAAAGUGAGCCGCUUUGAAUGACAGUGAUUGACCCUCACCAAACCGUUUAGAAAAGAUGUUCUACAAAAAGGAGAACAACCCCCGCUCUUGCCGGACGACCUUGUAACCUUGUAGCAAUAUAAGAAGUAACGGUGGGCUACCUAAUGGGCCACAUUUAAAUGUCAGUAAGUCCUGUAAACGUAAUUAGUAUCACCUUACCUUUAACGAAAUAUGUUUAUACUAGUCGACCGGCGGCGUAGCAUACGCCGCUAUUUUGCAUGACCGGUUUUAGGCCACUGCAACCUAUGCGACCAAAGGAUCCGCACUUUCAUAGAACCCGCGCUAAUUCAAGGUGUAUAAAUUAUUAAAUUAAACCAUUUUAUAACUUAAAACAGAUUUCCCGCGAUUUACCAGGAGCUCCUGAAAAUCUCCCUAAAUUACAAAAUAUACAAAAAUUCCUUAAAAUAUACGGAAAUAUAUAGAAAAAAAAUUGUCAUUUUGGGGUGUCCUUCAAUAUGGAAAACGCCAAUCAUACGCGCAAUAUAUAAAAACGGCAUUAUGCAUUAGCCGUAAUUGUGUAAUCUGGUGAAAGAAGCUUCUCGCGCCUCAAACUAAUGUAGAAUUACUUAAGGUCAACAAUUCUCAAAGAUAGAUUGAAACAUUUGGCAAUUCUGGCUUUUGAGCGGGAUCUAUGUAGGAAACAGAAUUAUUAUGAUAUACUGUAUGACUUUGCUACACGCAAGGCUCGAAAAUUAAUUCUGUACAUAGUAAAGAAUGAAUAAAAUGCAUAGACGAAUUUAUUUUCUAAUACAAACUCUUAAAUUUCACUUAUUGUCUGCUUCCGUACCCAAACGUGGCCCCGCAAAAUCCGUUUCGCAUAUGGCCGGACAAUGCUUAAGUCCGGCCCUGAUAUUUAGUGUUUGUAAAAUGUUUGUUUGUAAAAUGUUUUACAUGUUUCGGGUGUUCCUUCAGAGUUGAAGAAAGUUUACUUUUUAGUCCAAACCUCCCGCAAGACGAAGGGGUAUGGAAGAGGGCAGGGUUUGACAGUCCAGCGCGCAGCCAUCCGUAGAGACGUGUGAAUACCCACGUGUUCUCCCCCACCCCUUUUGUUUUCUCGUGGACAAUCGGCAGAAAUAAGAGAGUAAUCUUUCCUUUACUUCUUCUUCUCGUUUAAACUGUUAAGAGAAGAGGAGAAUUAUAUAGAUAAGAUACCUGUGUAAUAGGCCUACUAGCCAUCUAUUCCGAAAGAAUUAUCAUUUAAACAAUUAAACAUGUAACCAAAUAUAAAUCGAAAGGAAAAGGUAAAGAAAAAAAAAGAGAUGAAAGCUACAGAUUGCUGGAAUCCUCUUUCAAGAGAUGCAGUCGCUGAAUCUCAGGAUAACCUUCACGAAGGAACUUUCACCCUUGGGGCCCUGGAGAUCAUUCCACAUUAGACAACGUAGAAAUAGUAACACGUAUCCUACAAUAUGGAACAACGAAUGUGCCUUAGUCUUUGUGUAUAAGAAAUAUGACAUUUUGUGUAUAAUUAGAAAUAUGACACUAGGAAUAUUAGGACGAUGUCCUUUGUGGGGUUGGUUUUAUGGAGAUAAUAGUAAAGAGAGUUGUCUGCCCUAAUGGCUUUUAAUGAAUUGAGAGUACAAUUUAUUAAAGGGGGGGGGGAGGUAUUAUGAAAUCAUCAGCUACUGUAAGCUAGGGUGUUGUGAGUUCUAAUGCUGUCAUAUUGGUUAGUAACUUAUGAACUAAGAUCUCUGUACGUUUCUGCAAGUAAAGGCUAAAGAACAACAUGACACAAAAACACUGGCAGGGCUUUAUGUUGAACUCAGUUGAAGGCUGGGGCUAAAGACGUGCACAGGAAAUGGUUAUGGCCACAAACAUUAUGUGGACACACUGAGCGUUUCACGUCACUUCCUUUUCAAAGUUUUGUUUUGUUUGACAUGUUUUGGUUAUUACUUCAAACAUCCAACAGGGGGGGGGGGGGGGAAUAGACGGCGGGCAGAGUUCGAGCCUGGGACUAUCAAGACGAUACUUCAGAGCUCAUAACACAUGACUAGGUAGCCAUCACAACUAGGUAGCCAUCACAACUAGCACAACUAGGCAGCCAUCACAACUAGGUAGCCAUCACAACUAGGUAGCCAUCACGACUAGGUAGUCAUCACAACUAGGUAGCCAUCACAACUAGGUAGCCAUUAUGAUUAGGUAGCCAUCGUGACUAGGUAGCCAUCACAACUAGGUAGUCAUCACAACUAGGCAGCCAUCGUGACUAGGUAGCCAUCACAACUAGGCAGCCAUCACGACCAGGUAGUCAUCACAACUAGGUAGCCAUCGUGACUAGGUAGCCAUUAUGACUAGGUAGCCAUCGUGACUAGAUAGCCAUCACAACUAGGUAGUCAUCACAACUAGGCAGCCAUCGUGACUAGGUAGCCAUCACAACUAGGUAGCCAUCGUCACUAGGUAGCCAUCGUGACUAGGCAGCCAUCAUGAAUAGGUAGCCAUCAUGACUAGGUAGCCAUCAAGUGUUUAGUUUUACUUUUUUUUUAGUUAUAUCAAAAUAAUGUAAGAAACUAAUUUAGAGUAUGAUUAAACUGAAGAUUUUUUUUUGUACCAAUGGACCCCAUUCGCCAAACGUAAACAAACAACAUUUAGCCACGUAAUAAUAUUGAUAAAACAAUUAAAAUUACGUAUCACGUGACAUCCUUUAUGGAUUGCGUAAUUUGUAUAGAAGAGAUAGAGAACCACGUGGCAAAAUGUUGUUUGUUUACGAUUCGUGAAUAAGGUCCAUUUCAAGUUGUCCCAGCCUCAAAGUCUAUUCACAUGUACAAACACAACACACAUGAUUGACUUGUACGUUUCCAUAUAUGCGUUGUAUACACAUCAUAUGCAAUCAAGCUGUGGGCCGGAUUGUAUGGUAAUGCCAGGGGCCGCUAUGAACACCCAGUCUGCCCCUGUUUUAGUUGCUGUAUGCCACUCUUUCGUUCAUUGGCAAACAUUUGCAUUCUGUAGUAUGUGUACGUCAUUUACAUGAGAUUUUAUCUAUCUGGAAUAAAAACAUAGUGACUGAA